AUGAAAAUUACUCUUCUCCAAAAAAUCAUCAAAAAACAAUCAAAUUCUAUUAUGAUUACAAUAAUCCCUUCACAAAAUAAUUUAAUUUCAUAUAAUUAGACUGAUUACCUAAAGAAUUCUACAUAAAAGAAUUUUUGGUAUAAAAUAACUAUGAAAUUUCAUAUUGUGAAUCAAUCGAUUAAAAUAUGUAAUAUAAUAACCUUAAUCAUAAUAAAUUUUUAUCCAUAUAAUUAAACAGAUAUGUAAUAUCCUUAAAGUAAUAAUAAGAAAUAUAAUUAUAGAUUUGCAUCUUAUAUUAGCAGAAGCAUUUUUGAUUCAGCUAAACCUAAAACUGCUUUAAUAUUUUACUAAGCAGCCACUCGAUUGGUUAGAUAUAUCUAAGAUUUAAAUUAAGAUCAUCUAGCUUGACUAAACAAAAGAAAUUCUUAGAUUUUACAAAUUACAUUUUAAAUCUGAAUUGACUUUCAUUGAAUUAAUAGUACCUUCUCUUAUAGUAUUACUGAUGAUGAUUAUAAAUAUAUAAAUAUUUAAUAAUUCAUUCUUAAUAAUAAAUAAAUUGGAAAAUAAACUAAAUAAUAAAUCAAUUAUUACCAAAUGA